CAUCCUGGCUCUGGCUGCUCCUUGGAGGCCGGGGCCAGGCCGUGCAGCUGAGACACGUUCCUCCAGUCCUCCGGAGCCGCCGGAUGUGGGCGGAAGUGGAGCAGAAGAAGAAGCGGACCUUCCGCAAGUUCACCUACCGUGGCGUGGAUCUCGAUCAACUGCUUGACAUGUCUUAUGAGCAGUUGAUGCAGCUGUACAGUGCCCGGCAGCGCCGGCGGCUAAAUCGGGGCCUGCGAAGGAAGCAGCACUCGCUUCUGAAGCGCCUGCGCAAGGCCAAAAAGGAGGCGCCGCCCAUGGAGAAGCCAGAGGUGGUGAAGACACACCUGCGGGACAUGAUUAUCCUGCCCGAGAUGGUGGGCAGCAUGGUGGGCGUCUACAAUGGCAAGACCUUCAAUCAGGUGGAAAUCAAGCCUGAGAUGAUUGGCCACUACCUGGGUGAGUUCUCCAUCACCUACAAGCCAGUGAAGCACGGCAGGCCUGGCAUUGGAGCCACCCACUCCUCCCGCUUCAUCCCUCUCAAGUAGUUAAUAAAAAGCAGAUUUACCUCA